UGAACAGUUGCAAUUCUGUGGGCGGUCCUGUCCUCGCUUUCAGGCCCAGUUUCAGCCAAUCCGCGCCGGACUUCUCUGCAGACGUCAAUGCGAGGUUGGUUUAGGUUUAGCCCUUUGUACAGUGUAUUAGCCUGUGUUCUAAGUUGCCUCUCACAGUAGCGGCACAAUGAAUUGUGAUCAUUGACAAUAGAUGGAUCUCACAUAGCAUGUCCCAGCUCUGACCUCUGACCUCACUGUGAUUGAAAACUCCUGCCAUCAGUAACCUCCUCAUGUGCAUCAUCUUCUUGAAGUUUGACCCUCGGCCUGCAUCCAAAAAUGCCUACAGGCUUAUUCUGGCUGCUAACAGAGACGAGGUCUACAGCAGACCGUCCAAAGCUGCAGACUUCUGGGGCAGCAACAAUGAGAUCCUCAGCGGUCUGGACCUGGAAGAGGGGAAGGAAGGCGGAUCGUGGCUGGGAAUUAGCAAACGAGGGAAACUGGCAGCACUGACCAAUUACCUGGAUGCACGGCAAAAUCCUGACGCUCAGGGGAGAGGUUCCCUGGUGUCCAACUAUUUGAUGGAUAACUUGGACAGUUUUGCGUACCUCCGUAAAGUGUCUUCAGAAGCUCAUUUAUAUAAUGGCUUCAAUCUCCUUACUGCUGACUUCAGGGCCAAUGAAGACACAUUGUGUUACUAUGGAAACACGGGCAGUUCAGAGCCCAUUCAUCUCAAAGCAGCAGGAAUCUACGGGUUGAGUAACUCUCUUCUGGAAACUCCGUGGAGAAAACUGCAGCACGGCAAACGGCUGUUCACCAGUGUAGUGAACAAAACACUGUCCCCUGAUGGCUUAGUGCAAGAACUGCUCCAUAUCCUCAAUAAUGAGGAGCUAAACACCCCGGACCCUGCACAGGAAAAUCAAGGUGUGGGCUUCAGUAAGGCCAUACUCCGAGCUCUGUCUGCAGUGUGUGUGCGCUCACCAGGAUACGGCACAAGGACCAAUACAGUCAUCCUCAUCGACCGAGAGGGAAACGUGAGCUUUACGGAGCGCACCAUGCUAAACUGUGACCUCACCCAGUGGAGCACAAAUAGCUUCCACUUCAAACUGCAAGAAUGAGGGCCAGAUGCCAGGCCAGGGGAAGAAGACUCUCACGCUGUGCCUUUAUCCAGCCACUAUCUGCUCAAGCCAUGCACCACUGUUUCUACCAAUAUGAACAUCAAGAUUUAAUUCAGACUUUCCAGUUGAAAUAGGAAAGUGGUUCAUUAUUGCUACUGCUCUGUUCUGCUCUGUUCUGUUCUGAGAGGAAGCUUGGUAGCACGUUUUUUUUUCUAGGUAAUUGUUCUUUCUAAUAACCAAUGGCUCAUGAGAAGGCUCACAAGGAAUCUGCAGCCACAAACAUCAGAUUUCCAUACAGUUUACAAGACAGACACAGAAUUCCAGAUUUCUUUCAGAUCAGUUCAAAAAGGUGCGCAGAUUCCGUCUGAAUCUACUCAUGAGGUGUGACUUUGAGUUCAUGUCAUUCAAUCUGCAAUUAUUAAUGAAUAUAGAUGUGGAUAAGGUUGAAGAAUGUAAAAUGUUAUUCAUCAUCCACUGAAUCCCAAACAAACUGUCAUUGGCAUGAAAUGCUGUUGGACAGAAUCGUUUAAGGAACAAGAUGUCUACUGCCAAAGAAUGAUUGUGUUAGUCACAAUCUUUAUGAACACAAGAAAAUAAAUCGUCUUCAUAAUCUUGCACAAUGUAAACUGUACUUGCUAUUCAGUGUGGUAGUGAUCCACUGUAAUACCUUUCACUCAGGAACUCCCUGAGAGCUACUGCCAAAAAAAAAUUGAGACCAUUUUUCUUCUUUUUCUUCAUCUUAAAUUGAAAGGAUGUUUUUUUUGUCAUAUUAAAUGAAACCAUUUUGAUUUCACUUCGAAAGUGUUGAAAGUUUGAAGUCUGUAUGGUUUGGUAUUUCCAUUGCUGCUUUCAUAAUCUUAUCUGAUUUCUAAUAUCAACGCAUCAAUGCAUUUUGUCAGCUGUCAGGAAUCCAAUAUGAUCUUGUCAUUUAAAGUCACGUCUAUGGUUAAUAACAGUGUGCCCGAAAUGUAGUAUUCAGCUUUUAAAUGACAGUUGCGGCCUCUUGGCUUUUUGUUAUGUGUGUGUGUGUGUGUGUGUGUGUGUGUGUGUGUGUGUCUUAGUUAAUAACAGUGAAAGAUACACAUUUUUAGCCAGACCUAAUUAUCUUUUCUGAACUGACAGCAACAAGGUAGGUAACAGAAUACCAAGGUAAUGGAAAUCAGUCAGGUAUUCUGUUGAGUGUCAAGAAUAAAAGAGAUGCGAUUGACCUCACAACAUAAAGCUAUCAUGUUGUUUAAUCUAUUGCAACUGUUAUUUAUAUAUUGGAAUGUGACU